AUGUCAGACCAGACACUGUGCAUGUUAGGAUGUGGCAAUCUCGGUACCCCCAUCCUGCACAGCCUCCUCAAUGCUCCUUCAGAUUCUCUCUGCGGUAUCACCCAAUUCAUCGCCUGCGUCAAAAGCGAAUCUUCCGAAAGAAGACUCAAAGAUCGUUUCCCGAUGCACGAGAACCUACGUAUCAUGAGAAACGACAACGUCAACGCUAUCAAAAGCUCCAACGUGAUCAUCCUCGGCGUCGACCCCUCACAAGUAGAAGCAAUACUGGACGACGAUAGCGACAUCGACCAAGGAUUAAAGGGGAAACUACUAAUCAGUAUAGUAGCAGGCUGGACACGUCCAGCUAUCGAAGAGCUGAUCAGCGCCGAGAGCGACUUACGUGAUAAACAGUUUCCAAAUCAACCUAGAGCAUGGGUCUUGCGUACCCUCCCCAACGUAGCAGCGCUCGUUUCACAGUCUAUGACCGCUAUCGAAGACCAUCCCUCACCUUUAUUCCCACCGCAAUUCAAAGACAUAGCAACAGCCAUCUUCACGCAAAUCGGGAAACCCAUGUCCAUCCCACCCGCCCUGAUGCCCGCCACAACAGCUGUAGCAGGCUCUACACCCGCAUUCUGGGCCAUCAUCGUCGACAGCCUCAUCGACGCUGCCGUAGCUGUGGGUCUACCGCGAAAGCUGGCUCAGGAGCAGAUCUACCAGAGUAUGAGGGGCAGUGCGGAGAUGCUUCAGAGUGGGAUACAGCCGGGUGAGUUGAGAGAUAUGGGAACGAGUCCGGAGGGGUGUACGAUUGCGGGGGUUAUGGUGCUGGAGGAAGGUGGGGUGAGGGGUGUGUUGGGGAAGGCGUUGAGGGAGAGUGUUACGGUUGCUAGGGCGAUGGGGAAGGUUGGGGAGAAGGGUAGGGAGGUGCAUGUUAAUGAUACUAGGAAGAUCUAG